AUGCCUCGUCCUCGUUCCCUACGGUCCCUCGCAAUAUCAACGGAUGUCAAUAAGCGAAGUGCCUCGAGAGGACCGCCUUCGCCUACGUUCUCGGAUGCGACGAACGCUUCUGCAAUGAACUUCGGAGUGGACGGGCCAGAGAAGAUCAUUACGAGGGCGAACCUGAGGGCGAGCUUGCAGGCAUACGAGAAUCUCAUGAAUACAUGUGCCAACUACCGGUCGACACUCCUGACCAUGGCCACCGCGACAGCAGCAUUUGCUGAUGCCAUGGAAGCCUGCGCCGCUUUGAAGGGACCGAGGUAUGAGGCGGGCACCAGGUUCCAGGCAGCUUCAGGAUUGCAUCAUCUCAUAGCCAAUCAUUGGCAUGUCCUGGCUGGUACCAUCGGCGAGAAGUUUGAAAAGCCUUUACGGCAGCAUAUGGAUGAUUACCGGAACGUCGUUGCAGAACGCUCAGCUUCUUAUGAGAAAGCUCUCCACGAGAAGAGCAGGAUGAUACGGGAAACCGAGAUGGCCAAUAUGAAUAAGAAGGGCCGAAAUCUCCAGUCAUUUAGAGAGACCCUCAACUUGCUUCAGAAACAAGUCGAUGAGUUGGAUGAGCUAAAGGCACGCCAUUACCAGGAAGUCUUGGAGCACGAAGAGGAGGUAUGGGAUGUUGUGCAAGGCAAGAUAUCAUUGGUCGUGCGUUCGACCAUGGAUGUCUUUGACAGGUUCACAUCGAAGGCGUCGGAUCCUGUGAUUGAACCAAUGUUGCAAUCAGUCCCAGAUCCAUUCGACUCAUACGGUCCACCGACAGCCGAAGACCAAAUAUUCAGCAUAUUACCGCCCUUGUCGAUGCUGUCCACUGCACCUGCCUCAUCGUCGCCCAGUCCAAUGAUGACGACACCCGACCUUGAGCAGCCUAUGCCGACACCGUCAAAUUCGUGGACGCACAGCACUGGAAUAUACGGUGGCACAGGUGCGCCUUGGGGAGACUUCUCGUCGCCAGCCUCACCUCCCUCGUCACCACCUCGUGCGUCGUCACCGCCUUCCGGCAUGUCUAGACGGCACUCGCAUCCAUUCCCUGUUGCUCCAGGGCACCACCCACGAAGAUCGGACUCGUCGAAACUGCGUUCCAUGCUGUCUGUCGUUGACGAGUCCUCUCAUCAUCGCAACGGAACAAGUGACUCGGACCGUUCGGAUGACUCGGAGAAGACAGUCUCCUCGCCAGGGAUUGACAGUGACCGUGAACACGACGGCGGUUGGGCACAGUAUGCUGCUGUUGGCCAGCCGUCAUCAAACCACGUUUCGAGUAGUGAGCUCACCCCUCGAAAUUCUGCUUUCUUCCCUACGCCGUCCUCUCCGUCGCAAGAACUAGCCCCGGAUCGAAGUACAACACCACGGCUUGAGGACCACACCGGCAUAGCUGUAUCAUAGUCGCAUUCUUACUGCAUCUCACUGCCUUCGCUUUGUUUACUCCUUCGGACUGUUUUGUUUGGCUUUACCACUCGUGC